AUGAUUCCGGACAAAGCCCCGAAGGAGAACGUCUACCACGGGUCCGAGGAGCUGAAGAAGGAGGCUCACAUCCCGACUUUUGAGAAGUAUAAGGAGCUCUACCUGAAGUCUGUGGACAGUCCUGAAGGUCAGUUCAUGUCUGAGCUUCUUAAAUAAGUCAAACUGAACAACAAAUGAGUUGAUAAAACUGAUUUAAAGUUUAUAGAUCAUCACAGAACUUAAAUAAACACAGAAAUAAACACGAAUAUUCUCCAUUCUGAGUAAAACUGCUGCUCUUCAGAUAUAAAAUACACCCUGAUCUCCUCACACUGAUGCUCUGCAGAGUCCUUUUAACUCUAUUUCUGUCCCAUAAAUCAUUGUAAAGGGAUAACUUUGAUCCUAACGAAGAAAAACUUCUAUAUCUGUAUCUGUAUCAGUAUUAUUAUUGGCCAAAAUACGUAUGAGAAUAUCUGCCGACAUGUCAGAGGGAAUAUUAAAGGGAUAUUCAGGCUUAAAACUAAUAAUGGUCAAAUAGAGAACGUAACACCGCAGAAGAGACUAAACACAACUCACCUACUCUCUUCCAGCAGACGCUUGUUUGUAGUGAGACCUCAGGCCAGUCCAUUAAGGACUACAGCGGAGUGCCGCAGCUCAAGGAAGAACAUUUAUGAUCAUUACUGAGUCAUUUUAUUUAUAUUAUUUACAUUUAUUUUAUACUAUUUUGGGUUUUGUUACUCGCACAAUCAUCACAAGGGACACUACAGGUGAAACAGUGAUCUGGGGAAGAUCUCUGACACCACUCUCACCCUCAUCACGUACAUCACCAUCUUCGUCAUUUAGACGUGUCUAACUUUAUUGUUUGUUUUUUAUUUAAUCAAUAAAUGGAGAAAAUAUAAUUCAAAACAACCUUGGACUGGACUAGAAGCGCGUUAAAACACCUCACAGUGACUAAAACUCAGGUCAGCAUGGUCACGACCAUCUCGUUAUCGUUUCCUUGAAUUAAUAAUCACCAUAUUAAUCAUUUUACAGGCGCGGUAGUUCUUCUGUCUCAGCGUUUCGGUCUGAUUGUAUUUCCAUGAAGAAAUGAUCAUAAAUGUUCUUCCUUGAGCUGCGGCACCCCGCUGAAUAAAUUUCACAACAAUUGAAGCAAAAUGCAACACAAGGCUGCCAAACGUGAUGACUCAGCUCACAGAAAAACAGGAAAGGAGUGGAGAGAUUCACAGACUUCAUAUCUGACAUAAAGAGAAUCCAAAGACGUUUGUUGUGAAAUCACUUUGUUCACUUUAGUGGUAAAAAUAUGAGAUUUAAGAUACAAACUAAUAUGAGACGGUGUCCAUCUCUUAGCAAAAUGUUGUUUUUGAUCGAAUGUAAAGGAUAAUUUAAAAAGCAGGUCUUUUCACCUCUAAAUUGGCACAAUUCAGUUAGAGGGUAGAGAGAAGUUAGCUUUAGUUUAAUCAGAAUUCACCAAAACAGAGAGCUCUAAAAUGUCGUUUAUACAUUUAUUUUUCUAUUAAACCUUCAGAAGGUGCAGAAACUGAAUCAGGAGUGGCUGAUCUGACUGAUUUAACUGACGGAGAUUAUUAUUUUUUAAUAGUUGGAAAGAUUCUCAAGAUAAUAUUGACAUGAAUUAAAGAAAUGAACUCGUUCCCUGGUGUUGAGAUCAGGCUGUGAUACUAAUGUCUUUUUUUAUUCUUUAAACUUCCACCUGGUAUAACUCGUGUUUCUGGUCGUGUGUGUGGGGCGGGGAAUCACACAAUCAUUCAUGGUUUAUUACUCAAUACAUUCCCCAGGUGAUGAAAAAACUUACAGCAGCAGUCCUGAGAGAAACGUCAAACUGUAAGACGAGGAUCGAACUAAACGUCACGAUACCUGAUGGACUGAGGAGUUAAAAAUGACCCAAAAAUAUCAAGUUUAAGUCAUUAACCACCUCUAACGAGUGAGCAGGAUCCAAUAAAACCAUCAGAGAUUACACACAACUGCAGACAGGGUACAGUAAAGGGUUGUUGAGUCAUUUCCUGGUAAUGAGGAAGCUCUUCUGCUCAAUCUGGUGCCAAUAAACUCUCAGGCGGGAGGCGGGAAAAUCUCUACCGCCAUUGUUAACCAAAGAGGUCGCGUCCUAAAGAAGUCUAAAGGCUCUCAAACGAGUUUCCUCUGCAGGAGGAGGCUCGAACCUUUACGACAUGAUCAGGACUGAACUGUAGGUUAAUGAUAAACAGCAAACAGAGACUUAUAAAAACCCACUCAAGGAAAUCUUUAAAUGAGGAGGACAUCAGUGUUUUAUAUUUGCCGGUAGUCCCUCCUCCUGACAUGUCUCUGGAUCAUGUCUCUCGCUCUAUCCUCAUAUUCGCCGUCUCUCUGCAGCUCUCUUAUCUAAUUAAAGCAAGAAAAUAAAUGUCUCUAUCAAACAAGAAGGUGAUGCAUUAAUUGUGUGCAUGCAGUGACGGCUUACACGGAUCAUUUAGGGUGGAAUCAGAAGUUGUUUUGUGUCUGGAUCUAAAAACAAAUAAACUCUGAAAAACCAGAGUAACAAGUUACUCAACAAGUAACAAGUUAAUUAUGUCACAGGAGAAACUCUGCGGUCCAACAAAGAAAAACAUAUAUAUGCAUAUAAAUAUAUCAGUAUCAGUUAGGGGUGGGAGAAUAAAUUGAUUCAAAUAACGUAUCGCGAUUUUUAGUUUUCCAAUUUUUAAAUCGAUUUUUAUGUUCAAAACUCUUUUUUUUUUUUCACAUUGCGUGCAAAGACCGUGUCCUGAGCCUCUUCCUGUCAUCUCCAGCCUCCAGCUUCACAAGGACGAGAUGAAACAUCAUAUUUUUCUCUGGUUUUGCUGCAGGAGGGUCAGAGUAAAAUACUAAAAUAGUGUCUAAAAUACUGUGUUUGAAUAUUUCACUGACGUAUUUUAAUAAUUUUUAAGACCAUAAACACUUUGUGCACAUUUUACACCUGCUGCAGGCAGGAGCAACUCUUUAUUUAUUUAUUUAUUCAUUUAUUUUCCCCCUAAACCUUUAUUUCAGUUCCUCAACAAUGACAAAAACAUAUUAUUGAACAUGAGGUUAACUACAUUCAUUUCAGAGGAAUCAAAACUUUGAAAAAGAAAGAAAAACAAAAAUUCAUAGUCCAGCAAACAAAAAUACAUAAGUUAGAAUUAGGGCUGGACGACAUGGGAUAAAGUCUAUCAUGAUGUAUAUUUUUCAUAUCAGUAGAUAAAGUUAAAGUGCUAUGGUUGGGUGUAGCUGCUGUGUGCUACGACAACAUUAGGACUGAUUACUCUGCACAUGAUCACAGGAACACUCGUCAGUGUCUGCUGGGUUUGAUCAGGCUGGUGGACACCUGUUUCAGUUCCUGAUCAGUAACUUCAGCAGCUGUCUGUCUGUCUCUGCGGUUCGAUGGAGUCUGUGCGUCAUCGUACCACACGCAGUCGUUUCCUCAUCAAACUCUCUCCUCCCGCAGAGUUCUGGGGAGACAUCGCCAAAGACUUCUUCUGGAAGACCAAACACUCGGGUCAGUUCCUCGACUACAACUUCGACGUGACCAAAGGACAGAUUUUCAUCAAGUGUAUGGAGGGAGCGACCACCAACAUCUGCUACAACCUGCUGGACCGCAACGUCCACGAGAGGAAACUGGGCGACAAAGUGGCUUUCUACUGGUCAGUGUGAAGCUCUGAUGAUGAGUGUGUGUGUGCGUGUGUGUGUGUGUGUGUGUGCGCGCGCAGACUCUCACCACAAACACAGCAGUGGUUUGAAAGCAGAACAGCAGGUGUGACGGUUUGAAGUUUGUGGUUUUAUGAUGAAAAAAAAAUAUCAGCUGCAUGAGUGGAUUUAGGAGCAACACUCACAACAACCAAACAGACACAAAUACACACAGACACACACAGAGGUGACCCGUCUCUGGACCUUCUGAGCUUCGAUCAGGAGAUGGACUCGAGUUUUUCUCCCUGCAGCUCUUAGAGAAAAAGACAAAAGAGGAAGGACGAGGCAGCUCCAUUCAUUCGAUCUGCUGCUGUUCAAUCCUGUUAUUGUGUUGGCAGAGGAGACCCCCUCAUCACAAAGGACACACACACACACACACACACACACACACACACACACAGGCUUUAAAGGGAUAUUCCAGCGUAAAAUAAAAAUAGGGUCAAACCCACCAUAACACCGAGUCAGACGCCCCUCCAGAGAGGUGGAUGAAGUUACGUUUCGAUCAGUCGUUGCUGAUAAAGACGUUUCUUUCCUGUUUCCGGUCUGUUUACAUUUUCCGUUACUAUGCGCUUCACAUAGCAACGGUUAAUCUGAUUGGUUGUAGGUUUGCGUGUCUUCCUGGACAAAUGAAGUGACUUAAAUGUUUGCAGACUCUUUCUCCGAGGUGAAAUAACCCAGAUUACUAACUGAUCUACUUUAAUUUUCACACUGCGGUGACGUUUUUAUGACUGAACAGAAUCAUGAGACGAACUUCACGACUCCAGAAUAUUCCUGAAUAUUUCCCUGAAGUAUAUCCGCUCAUAUUUCCGCUCAGUCUCCUUCUAAAGAUCCUCCUCUCUGUUUUGAGCAUCACUCCUUUCUACCGCCUCGCUCUCCUCUCUCCUCUCUUUGUGUCACUCGCCCCCCGGUUACUGAUCCGUCCUGAAAGGAGAGAGGAGCGUACACGGGACCUUUCUGCAGCGGGGUUAUCCAGGGAGAGGACGGGGAAGUGAAAACGAGGAUUGGAUAAAAGCUGAGAUGACUUUAAUCUGCAGAAAAAGUCUCAAAGUUUAGACGAAUCUUCAUAUUUUCUCUAUAAAUCCGUUAUUUUGAUCUUAGUGUUUGUGUUUUAAGAUGUAAUUUCCCUUCAGCGAGAACCUAAAAUAACUGAUAAUCAAACUCUUUAUUUUUCUGCCUGUUAGCUCCGACAUGAAUCGAGUCGUUGUUACAGAAAUACUCCAGUUUGAACCCAGAUCAAGUCAGAUUUAUGAAAAGUUCCCAAACUUUGAUUUUCUGCUCAUCAUCUUAUCAUCAAACCAACUUCGUUCAGCUUCAGAUUAACGUGGCGAGAAAUGAUGGUUUCCAGUUUGGAUUAGUUUCUCUUUCAGUUUUCAAGACAGUGAGACAGAAAGAGUCAGAGAUUACAGAGUGCCAGGAGAUUAAAACAAAGUGUAAUAACGUCCCAGUCCUUGAUUCUCUGGUGUUUUCUGAAUAAGACAUUACUUCAUGGUCUUAUUUAUGCAUGCAGAGUUCUCCAGGUAGGUUUCAGAGGGAGCGUUAGAAAAGCAGGACUAGUCUUUGUCUUCGAGCCCCUUUUAUUCAAAGACACGACCCUGCAGCCAACAAACCCUGGCUGACCCGGUUUAAGAGAAAUUAACAUGCAGAGAUCGGUGUCCUCCAGCCUCCAGCCGAGACGUUUGUUCACUCAGAGUUUGAUUAAAAACACGAGGAGCUGUCGUGUGUUCGAGUCAUCCAGGUAAACGCUGGUGUUUGUCGGUUUAAUGCGUCUCUGGAAGAACUUCCUGUUCACCUGCUGAGUCUCAGUUUCACUGUAGAUAACGUGUUGUUACUCAGGCUGGACUUGAAAAAUGGAAGUAAUUCUGUGUGAGAGGUUCGGACCGUAGAUGGAGCAGGAAACGGGAAGAGAGAGACCCGCAGACCUGGAACCGAGCCCGGGUCUUCUCCUGCUGGAGAGAGAACCCUCCAUAGAUGGGUCAGAACCAGCUGUGCACCAAACCAAAGAGGAGAAGACGACGACUUCUUUAUAGUUUGUUUGUUAAAAGGAAGUCAGGUCCGUCAUUUCUGAGGCGUCCCAGGAGGUCAGGAGAUCCAAACAAUCAUUGGCUCUCAUGUCACGGUGUCACACACACACACAGACACACACACACACAGACACACACACGGUGCUGUUCUGCCCUACAGGCUCUGACACCUCUGAGAGGAGCAGACAAGAUGUGGAAAUAUCCUACUUUGAAAUAUCAGCGUGUAAAUUACGGAUCUUAAACCGAUCCUGAACUGAAACCGGGUCCUAGUUGUUGUAGUUUUGAUUCUUGGUCCCCUCCCAUUAAAGGUGAGGUAGUCAGGAUCUGACCAAUCAGGUUAGAGGAGGUGGAGAACGCUCAAAAAUGUUCAAAUGUUGACGACACAGACAUAAGAGAACACAGAGAUAUCGAUAUAUUACCAAAUAAUCAAUAACUAAUAACUAUUGACUGAUAUUAGAAGAUGCUUCUUUAACAGAUUCCUGCCUUCACCACCUUUAACUCAUCAUCUCUAAAUAAAAGCCCUUAAAUAGAAGCAUAGAGUGUCAUGAACCCUUCAAAAUAAAAGCAUGCCGUCUGGGUUGUUCUCUCUUGUUCUUCACGGCUCGGUGGAAACCCCCCUCUCCCCGCCUGAAGCUGAUCUUGUCUCAGAGACAUUUUCAUUCAUUUCCUUUAUUUAGUUCCAUUUAUAAACUCGACGUUUAUUUUUAGAAAUGUCCUCGGAGUAAAGUCAGUGUGUGUCUGUGAAGGUCCCGUUUAAGCCCACAGUGUAGAGAUGUGUUUGAGUGACCUGUAUUUUUAGAUGUGUGUGUGUGUGUGUGUGUUUUAUAAGGGUCCAUGUGUUGUUAUCACUCUCAACAUUUCCAGAUAGGAUAGGUAGCUGGCGAGACGACCUUGUUCUAGAUUCCAGCGUGGAAAAUAGUCACACCAGCGUUUUUUUUAACAGGGUGAGACAGACUCAGAGUUAAAGACACAUCAGUCAGAGCGUUUACAAUCGGACUAAAAUCAUAAUUCAUUAUUUUCUCUGAAUCUUUUUCUCGAGUGUCAUGUAAACGUACGGCGUUAAAUAGAAUAAAUGAUCAGUACAGAUUAUUGACUCCAAUAAUCCAUAAUCUGUCGCCCCUUAUUUAAGAUGCUGUCAUUCAGGUUGGGAUCCUGAUAAUUAAACUCCUCCUGCAGCGUUUACGUACCUCUGCCUUUAUAGAAGUGUGCUCACGUUAAAUAUUCAGGAUUUACUUAUUUGAUUUAAUGUAAGAAAGUCCGUUAGCGACUCUUCCUGAUCAGAAGUUUGAGUUUUAAAAAGUUCAGACUAGGAGACAGAGCUGAGUCUGUGAGCAGUGAACUCUUCCUGUUUCCACACAUGGGGACUCAGAUUAGACCGGACUCUGAGGUGGACCCGUGUGGACUCGAAGGGUCCACUCAAACUCCAGCUGAGGAACGGCUUCACGGCGCUGUCAGUGAUUCUGUGAAUGUUACGCCCAUCGCCUGUCGGUGCCAAGUGGGUCACAGAGACCUUUCAGCUAUGUGAGCUGUCCUCACACACACACACACACACACACACACACACACACACCCCUCACACACUCACAGUUUACUGGAAAAACACAGAUACAGUGUGGGCUGUUGAGAAACUCUGCUGGCUCUCACACUCAGACUCUCUCAGCUCCACUUUGAGUUUUAUAGAUUUUGUAACUCUUGUUUUUAUGAUUUCAUUUUCUCCAGAACUCUGAGGAACCCUGUGUGUGUCUGUGUGUGUCUGUGUGUGUGUGUUUGUGUAGCAUGAUUUUAUGCAGGGAAACACACACAAACAUGAGUCAUCGUACAAACACUGUACUUUGUGUUUCAUUUGUACUUUGUAAAGCGACGGGGUGACUUUUAUUCCGUAUUUAACCCUAAAACCUCCCAGCUUUAGUUUUCUGUUUUUGCUCCGUCUGUUUCACCUCAAUCCUUUCAAUCACAGCAAAUAUAAACACAUCUUUAUUUUCAGGAGGACCUCAGCUGUCAGUUUAUGGAGCAAAAAUGAUGUAAAAUAAAUGAGACAGUAGAUUCAGAAUCAAAGUCAACCAAAAAACAAAAACAGAAACUGAUCCCAACAGAACUUUACUCCAAAAACACAUAAAUCUACAGUGACCAAGCCUUUUCUCACCUGACCAUCAUUCUCUCAAGUCUUGUCUAUCAGGAGAAGAAAUAUUGGGAUUGGAACAAACACACAACAGAAACUAUUGACAUAUUUACACUCAUUCUUCCAGGCGUUUUUGACUGUUUACAGUUGUUUCUGCCGCUCCUUGAAGCAGUUCCUGUCUGGGAUGAGACAGAGGACCACAUCAUACUGCUCAGAAUCUCUUCUUUACUUGUUUCCAAACACUGAGGGAACAAUAGAAGCUGAGAGUUAAAGAGCUUGGACCUGAUCUUUGCAGGAGAAGAUGAGAGUUAAAGAGCUUGGACCUGAUCUUUGCAGGAGAAGAUGAGAGUUAAAGAGCUUGGACCUGAUCUUUGCAGGAAACGAUGAGGGCCAAAGAGCUUGGACCUGAUCAAACAGACAUUAAAAUAAACCUGCAUUUAUUUGACUGAGGGAGGAAGUGCAGUUUAUGAAUCUUUAGGAUCCAGUUCUCUAAGGGUAUGAGAAGAAUAUGAGACCACGUAAUUGGCCGAAAGUUUGAUGGAAAAAGACGUCAUCAAAACAGCUCGUCAAACCUGGAAGACAUUAGCAGCAUUUAGCGAUAGUGAUCUUUUUUUUAUCACCUUAAUCUGAUCAAUAAUCCUGUUUUCACUGCAGAUUUACCAUCAAACGUCUCUGAUCAAACACCUGUUUUUGUGGCUGGAUUGUAAACCUUGUUGCAGGUGUAGAAAUGUCUGGAAACCCUCGAUAGAUCGCCAAAAGGGUAAACUUUAGAACGGUUUUUAUCCCGUAGAGAUACACGGAAUAGUUCCUGAGAAACUGUCAACUAUAUUCAUGGAGCCACGUGGGAUCGACGGCGAAAUCAAACAGUGAUGCUGGUGCGGUUACAUUAACACGCUCAAAAUGUUCAUUAUUUUCAAAAUAAGAAAAGAAAAUACAGCUCAGUUAUAAAAACGAUGCGGUUAAAUCAGUAAGACUGAAAGUACAAAAGUACAAAAACAGAGGGUGAAUAAUAAAGUGAGGAUUUAUGAUUUACAGUGAAACUGAGACCUCCCAGAAACAGAACGAUCAGGCACGUCUCAGUGGACGUAAUGACAUAUUCAGAGGGACAAAUGUGUCUCCUUCAUUUGUCUCUGUAAACAAUGUCACACACUCAAACGAGUCCCGGCUGGAGGCUGUUUAUGGCGAGCUGUUGGCGGUCAUUCCCGGAGGCGUACAUAUGUUCCUGUGAAAUGACAGCAGACGGGAUCAGAGGUUAAAAAUAUCAGGAUUUAAAACUAUAAUCAAAUUUAAAGACAGUCACAUGUGGGCGGAGUCAGUCCACAUGUGGGCGGAGUCAGUCCACAUGUGGGCGGAGUCAGUCCACACAGCUUCAUCACGUAUUUAACCUCCUCUUGUUUCAUGGUGGAUAUCGGAGCUGUAAUAAUAAACUCAGAACAAUAAAACUGUUCAGGACAUGUUCACACUCACACUUAUGACAAAAUAAAACAUCAUAAACCACGUCAGCAUCUAUUCAUCUGUACAGUGAGUCUGCGCUGAGCUCUGUCAGUCUGUGUGUUCGCUCAGAGUUCACCCACUUCAGCUGAAGUUACACAUUAGCUUUUUAGAGCCGUCCCUCCUCGCUGUAAAACUUGAACUCUUUGUCCUCAUGUUGAGACUGUUUCUUCUCUCCUAAUGCACACGCACUCCAGCAGUGACUCUGAGCCGUUUCUCCCUCAGGUGCUCUCAGACCUCAUGUCUUGAGCUCUUUUCUUUGCUUUCAAGUAGUAUUUGUUGUUCAUGGUAGAAGAGGACAAACUGAGAAACUCACAGCUGCAGAAAAUAAAGAAUUACUCAUGAAUGAAGUUGGAUCGGCACCUGGAAGGACACAAAACACCAACCAUCCUGAUCCAGACCAUCCUGUUUAACCUUUAAAUAAAAGAAGAACCGCUCCGUCCCUUUAAAGUUUUAAAUCGUUGUUUACAACUUCGUCUGUCAAAUUUUUAAAACCCUGAUUUAUCGCUGAAUUUUAACUAAUGAAGUCCAGGUUAAAACCAUCCUCAGCAGUGUCUUAAUUUAGAGUUUAAAUGAAAGCAGUGAAGUGGACUCAUAGACUGUGUAUAUGGACAACUUGGUUCCUCCUUCAAUGGAUAAAUAAACGAAUCAGAAAAAAUCUUUAAACGACAUGAAAAACAAAAAGUGCUCUAAAACUGUUUUCUUUACUCGACUUAUUUACCAUCCUAGAGUAAGACCCUCACAUUCUCUCUUCUGUUUUUUCAUCUUCUUUUCUUCAUCUAAAAAGCUGCUUCAACACUUCAUACUCCAAGUAUCACCAAUGUGCCUCAAUGUUUGUAUUUUUGACCGAAAAUAAAACAUUUACAAAAAUAAAAACAAACUUGGUUCCUCCUUCCACCAGUAUACGGAUUCGAGGCCGAAAAGUUCUCGGUAGUUCCGUGUAUUUCUCCACUUCCUGAAAACAACAUUGCGCAGUAGCGUUGAAGCGCUCCACCACUUGCACAGUAGCAUUGUACGCAUUCGGCGUAGAAUAUUUACAGUCUAUUGGUGCGUUCCAGUUGUACUCAGAAGUCGGUGUAUCUGAGCUCCGAAUCAGAAAUUCAUCUGGAACGCCCCCCUGAAGUCGGAUUUCUGACUUGGAUUUGACGACAUCGUCAUAAUCCAAGAUGGCAGCGUAUCAACAGUAAAGAGUAACAGUAAAAGCUCCAUGAUGCGAAGAUUGCGUAGCUCACCUGGGGGAUACGCUGUUUUAGUGGAGCAUCAUCACAGCGACUCUCCCGCCGAACACGUACAAAGCUACUGCGCAAUGUUGGUGUCAGGAAAUAGAGAAAAUCGUGGAAAUACUGAGAACUUUUCGGCUUCAAAUCUGUAUACAGGCGGAAUAAUGUAUACAGUCUAUGGUGUAAAAGACAACUUUUCUGAAAACGUAUUGAUGUGAGAGUGAAAUGUCCGUUUAUGAAACUAGCCGGGUACGUGUAAACGCUGUCUAGAUGUCUAGAUGUGGAGUGAUAACUUUCAGGGAAAAGAUGAUUUAUGGUGCGGUCGUAGAGAAGGAUUUGGAGCACAGAGUCGAAGAAACGCAGCUCUGGAGCGUCUCUCCUGUUUGUCCGUCAGGUUUGAGUUUGCUGACUGUGAUGCUCAGAGACGAGCUCGUAAAAAAACAUGCCUGUAAUUUAAUCAUCUAAAGAGGCAGAGCUGUCACAGCCCAUUCAUUUCUCUGUCUGCUCUCCAGACACAGCCAUUAAUCUACAAGUCCUUCCCCUGCGAACUCGGCGUGUGUGUGCGUGCGUGUGUGUGUGUGUGUAUGUGAGAGAGAGAGUGUGAGAGAGCGAGAGAGAGAGUCGGCCUGAUGUAACCCCGGAGGAGGAGGAGGAGGAGGAGUCUUUUGUAAGCCUGUGGUUCCCUAAACGCUCAGGAUGGUUUUCUGUUGUGAAAAAGAGGAAAGUUGAGCUGAGAUGAGUUUCACAAAAGUUUGUCAGUUUAUUUUGUAAUUGUGGAUUUUUUUUUUAAAGGCGUGUGGUCAGAGAGGUGACACAUCAGGAUUAACCUGCUCAGGUCAUCCUGCUGCAGGGUUAAAGAUAAACUACUGGACCCUUCACAUCCUCCAGGCUGUUUACUGUGUUACUUUAAGUUAAUGUUUGAAAAUACAGAUGCUAAAAAAGGUUUGAACGUGGGUUUCUGAUGGUAUUUAACGGAUAUGUUCACUGUUGUCCCUGGAGGCCUUAAUAACAGACCCCUGAGAGGUCAAGUCUAAUGCAUGGACCCUCUCAAAGUACACCAACAGGCUGAUAGUUUCAUGAAGUAUUUAACCGUUAGUCAGUAAAUCUGCAGUUUGAUCAGUGUGAGGUCAUAAAAACUGAGGUGUGGAUUUAUAAAACAUCUGUUUUAUUCACGAGAAGCUAAAAUCUCUGAUUCUAUAACUGCAGCUCAGUCUGGAUUAACUCUCUUUCCAUCAGUCUAGUUUCUCUCUCAUUUAAGAGCGUCUUAAUUUCUUUAUUUACAAGUUUUUAUUUCUCCUAAUUGGUUGAAUUUCUUCUUUAAUCUUGACUCCGCCCCCUGACUCUGAGCAGACUCACUUUCUGACCCGUUAACUCCAGAAUAACCAUCGUCGUGUUUUUGUCCGAUGUUUCUCUCAGGGAAGGUAACGAGCCCGGAGACGAGCUGACGGUGACGUACAGAGAGCUGCUGCAGAGAGUCUGCCAGUUUGCAAACGUCCUCAAGUCUCAGGGUAAAACCACCUGAUCUGAAAUCAGAGCGACCACGUGUCCACCUAUAUAUCCAGUCUUCAGUCUUUUCUGAUUCUGUGUCCGUGCUCGUGUUCAGGAGUGAAGAAGGGCGACCGUGUGUCCAUCUACAUGCCCAUGGUGGUGGAGCUGGUGGUCGCCAUGCUGGCCUGCGUUCGUAUUGGAGCCGUUCACUCCAUAGUGGUGAGUCUCCAUGUCCGUGCACGGUGGAGGAUCGGAUGAAACAGAUCCAAGAGUUAAUUUUAGUUUUUUUUCUGUGUUUCCAGUUUGCAGGUUUCUCUGCUGAGUCUCUGUGUGAGAGGAUCAUGGACUCGCAGUGUUCGCUGCUCAUCACAGCAGGUGGGAUCAUCCAGAGAAACACGAUUAACCAUGAAAAUGUCACUUAGACACACAGAGAUUCAGUUCAGCUUCUAACCUGAUAGGACUGUCUCUGCACUGUCUCUGUCUCUACUUUAACUCUACAGAGAACUGGUCCCCUCCUCUCUUGUUUUUAUCGUGUUUCAUGAACACGUUUGGAGCUCGGACCUGUAAUCAAAGUGUUAUGAGCUGGAUUACAGUCUGGAGAUAUAAACCAGUUAAUCCACCGGGGUCAUGGCCUCUCACACACACAGACACACUAAUGUAGGCGGAUCGUAGAGUCUUUUCAUACACUUUUAUUUAUUCUUAUAAAAGAGAAAAAUGUUAAACUCUCUAAACUUCUGUUUUUUCAGCUGCUUUUUGGCUCAUAAAUACUCGACCGUUAACAAAACUUGUGUUUCAUAUUUUAUAAUUUUCAUAACUGUUUUCUUCAUUGUCUUGUUAGAAAAUUUCAGUCUGAGUUCUGAUUCACUGCAAAAUACAAAAUAUCUCCAUAAAGUUUGGAUUAAAUCUCAGAUUUCAGGCGAUCAAAGAGAUUUUUUUCUCUUUUCAGCAGAAGUUUCUAAAAUCUUUGCUCUCUUAUCAAACUUUAAAAGUGACAGAAAAUGCAGAAACUUUUUUUUUUCUUCAGUAGAAUUAAUGUUUGACAGUAUGUUGGUUUAAAUAAACCAACACUUAAAGGUUUCUGCUGUGAUUUUGGAUCAUUUAUCAGUAAGAUUUGACUUAAAUCUUUUCUUGACGCUCUUUAACAUCCAGACUUAAACAGAAACCCUCUCUGUAAUAUUUCUACUCCAACCUGCUGUGACCUUGAACCAACAGAUGCUCUUUUUCAUUUUAACGAUCAGACAGUAAACUGAAUCUGCUCUCCUCGUUCACCUCCGUUUGUGUCUCUCCUUCAUUCAGAUGGUUUCUAUCGGGGAGAUAAGCUGAUCAACCUGAAGGUCUUAGCUGAUGAAGCCAUGCAGAAAUGCAAAGACAAGUAAGCUGUCCACACACACACACACACAAACACACACACACACACACACUAGAUACAGAUUAUUAUAUUAUUACCCUUUCAUUCCUGUUUAUUAGGAGCUCAGUAACAGCCUCCCUCCUCUCAGGGUUGAUCUACAGAAAUGAACACGAAAACACAAAAACCUGUUCUUCAAGUGAAAUAAAGAAACAAGAAUAUUUAAUUCAUUAAAUAUCAUUAAAAAUUAUUAAAGUUUCCCACAGUUUUGAUCAGAAGUUACAUCCAGCUGAACUUCAGGUCUGUUUGAGUCUUUGUUUGAUACGAGGACAUUAGAUAUGAAAGUUUGUUUCUGUUCUGAGAUCAGCCGCUCUGAACUCGAUUAUUAAACAGGUGGAAUUAAAUCAACUGUCUGCAGCAGGUAACGCGUCUGCACAGUCUCUCUGUCUAAGAUUUCAUUACAGAAAUCAAAUCUAAUUUCCCCUGGAGCUGACUCAACUCAACUAAACUGUUUUAUGUUAUAGAACCAGCAGGGGGCGACUCAGCUGGUCGCAAAACUGAGUCUAACCCCCAAUUUUUACAGCAACCGGAACAGCGGUGAUUUUCGCCAUCUGCCAGUUCCUUCCAGAUCUGUUUGUGAGGUGAAUUUCGUGGCAGAUUCACGUCCAAUCGCUUGAUAACCAGUUGUCUCUAUAAAGACAGACACAUAGACAUAUAAGCAGUAGAUUGUGUCUUUCCAGAGGAGGAAAUCUACUUCUAGACUUCUAGAAUCAAUCAAAUUUUUUUUUUUGAAGUUUCUGGUCUCAGUCUUUAAGUCCAGGUCUUGUUCAGUUCAGUGCUUCAGUCCGAUGUGUCUCUCUGCAGAGGUUUCCCCAUGGAGAAGUGUAUCAUGCUGAAGCAUCUGUCCAAAGAAGCUGAAGAAUCUCCUCAGUCUCCUCCUGCCAAACGUGCCUGUCCGGAUCUGCAGGUAAAACUCAAACUGACAGAUCCUGACGUCUCUGUGAAGAACUCUCUGUUCAUUUUUAUUUUAUUUAUUUUCUAUUAAACUCAUCCUGAAAAUCUCCUCUUAUUAUCCGGUUCAGUUUCUUUUUGGGGCGACUCUGUUUUCUUUUAACUUUGUGUUCUUUGAUUUGAGGUUUGAAGGUUUUUAACCGCUGUCCCGCAUUAACCUCUCCUUCCUCCUCCUCCUCCUCCUCCUCCUCCUUUCCCAUCCUGUCCAGCAGGAGAAACAGACAGACAGAGUAAAGAAAACACGUCCUGUUCCGCAGGUAUUUUCAUGCCUUCCUCCCUCCACUAAAUCCUCAUAACACCUUCGGUUUGGUUUUUUCUUUCAAAGGGGAAUUUAAGAUCUCUGCUGUGCGGUAAAAACAACAAACGCACUUUUAAAGUUGAUUUUAGUGUCAAAUGAAUAUCUGAAUGUUAAAACAGAAGAGUCUGUGAUUUAGUGUUUUUACCAGCAUCAGCAGGUUGUUAUUCCAGAGGUUUUCAACAGUCCAGGUUUGCAAACAUGAGAGGGCGUCUUUAUGUUAAUGAACUUAGUUUAUCUAAAAUCUACUGACAGAUUUCGAUGUAAAUCGCCUCAGCUGACAGUUUAUAGAGUUAAUAGAGACGCUUUAUUCUGUAAAAGUGUUUCUUCAGAUCUUUUUCAAACUGUCUGAAAUCUCUGGAAUAAAGUGUAAAUUCUCAGUGAAGGUGGAUUAACUCUGCUCUCUCUCUCUGAAACACUUUCACUCUCUCACCCUCUGACUCUGCUCUGGCUGGAGUCGAUCACCUGUGUGUCGAUGGUUGUUCACAGCUGCUCCUCUCGACUGUUUUAAUGCUUCUCUUGCUGAUGUUACUGAAAUCACACUUCUCUCCUUAACUCUCCACGAGUCCGGAGGAGUCAGAGCUCUGUUGUCGUCGUCGUUGUGACUGACUUAGAUCGGAGUUUCUGUUUCCAGAACGACGCCUUAGUUUCUCAGACAGGAAUUUGAGAAUUAGAAAUUAAAAGUCUGAGAAAGAGUCUUUAGGUUUUUGAAAAUAAAGUCCAACUGUCCUUUCAACGAAGAACUGGAAAUCAUAGAUGCUGCAUCCUCAGUUUUAGACAAGAUCUCCAGGUUUAGGAGCAACAUCUGCGCCCAUCCAGACAAAGAAUUUUUUCAGGGACGACCUUCAGAUGAUCCUAAACCACAUUCUGACAACAGUUGAAAUGUGGAAUGUCGAACUUUAUGUGAUCAGCUGAGGAGUCCGGCGAUCCGCAGAGGAACGGAAAGAAGUCGGUGUAAAUUGACACGUUAACUUGAAUGUUUACGAUCAGCUACAAUCGGAGGAUACGACCUUUUAGGAGACCAUCAGGAUGAAGGUGGAGAUUAGGGGUUACCGUAACCCGACCAUUGAAUGGCACUCUUUAGCUCGGUCAUGAUUUUCUAUAUUUCCUGGUCCUUCUAAGACAAAGACGGAGCUGCGUGUCCACUUUGUCUAAAACACUCUCCCAACUGUCCGAGUCGUCUAAUUUUACGUUUUUAUACGAGACGGUGUUUUCGUGUCUUUUUCGUGUCUUUUUCAUGUGUUGUAAAACUAAAAAUAUUUUGUUUUUUCUCCGUUUUGAAGAAUGAAACGUGUCCUGAUGCAGUUACAGACGCAGAGCCCUGAUUCCUCCUCCGCUCUCACCGUCUUUGAGACGUUCGUCUCUCAGAGUCGUUGGUUUUAUUUCAGUCGACUCUGAUCUCUGUCGUCAGUCCUCUCCUUUUUCUCGUCCGUCACAGAGCAGACUUCUUCUCCUCCCUCCUGUUGCAUGCACAGAUUGAAGAGAAUGGCUGUUAUAAUAAAACCACAAAGCUCUGCCAGCAUCGAACUGCCUUUAACACGACUACAGCUCUGUCUGGAUUCCUGCUCAUUUAAGAGAAGUGCAUCAUGGGGGAUGUUCCUCCGUGUGAGUGAUGUGGCGUAGAAAUCAGACCUGGGUUGAUUUAGUGUUUAAUCUCCAUUUUCUGGACCUGAUUGAUCGUGUUUGUUUGAUGAGAUUGAUCCGUAAAGUGUAAACCCGUCGCUCUGAGACAAACGGAGGCACUUAAUGAGAUUAAAAGAUUCUGUGGAGUCGUGAUUUCUGAAGCAGCUCAACGUUUCUGCCCUCCAUUUCAUUCACUUGUGCUCAGUGUGGCUCAGACUGAACGUACGUUUGAAGACAUGUUGGAGUUUUGAACCCAGCUCUGAUUUCUACAAGAUGAACAAGUUACAACAAUCGAGACGUGUUUGUAACUUUUCUAACCCCUCAGUUUUUACCUCGUUCACCAUAAUCGACUCUUUUCUCUUCUUUUCUUUCUCUCCUCACUUUUUUAUCAAACUAACUUUCUUUGACUUUUAAACGUUUUCUUUAGAUUGUGGAAAUAUUUUGAUUUGAUGGUUGAUAAACGGGAUAUCUCUGUGUGUUUUUGCAUGUUUGUGUGCACGGCUGUGGCUUUUUUUCUGUGUGUGCAUCUGUGUGUGUGUGUGUGUGUGUGUGUGUGUGUGUGUGUGUGUGUGUGUGUGUGUGUGUGUGUGUGUGUGUGUGUGUGUGUGUGUGUGUGUUUUGAUCUCAGGUGCCCUGGAACCCUGAGGUGGAUCUGUGUUGGCACACUCUGCUACGUGGAUCUUCAGUCGAGUGUGAACCAGAGUGGUGCGAGUCCGAAGAUCCGCUCUUUAUCCUCUACACCAGCGGCUCCACCGGCAAACCCAAGGUAGAGUCGGCGUCUUCACAGCUCUGAGAACGACUGCAGGCUGAGUUCAUCUGUCAAAGCAGCAGGAGGAAGGACUGCAGACCUCACAGACGAAAACACAUUCUGCAGGACGAUUUACUGUCCCACAAAUUAUUGACCAUAAACAACAUUAAUGUCUAAACCAAAAUAGCCACUUAUGUACUGUUAGUAUAUCAUAAUAAUGCGAGAAAACCCUUUCUUUUUUAUUAUUAUUUUUUCAAUUAUUUUUAUGAGUACAUUCAGUUUUUCAAAAAUACCUGUAAGGAGUGAAAUGAAGGAAAAGAACUAGAAGAGAACAGGAAAGGAAAGGCACAGAUGGAAAAAUAUACAUACAAAUAAAUACUGGUACAUAGUAGAGGAUAAAUAAAUAGAUGAUCAAUGCAGACCGACGCACAGAGUGAACUCUCAUGUUAUCCAGCGUGUUUGAAGACGAGGAAAAAAAAUACAGGCGCGCACACGGCGAUAUAUCGAGGCGGGAAAAAUUAUUGAGUUCAUUUUGAUUUAUCGUGCAGUUACUGUAUUUUUCGCACUAUAUAGCCAAACAAAACAGUCAGAUAAGUCAAACUCAUUUAAUAACUCCAGAAGGAUUCUAAGUGUGCCUUAUGGUGCAAAAAAUACGGUAAUUGGUUUAUUGAUUAUCGUCCCAGGCGUCAUAGAAAGUGUAAAAACAGAUGCUGAUAGAAGGAGCUGUUGUGACGUGGAAAUCAUCAUAUUUUUAUCAUGUUUUGGCCUCAUUUUUUUACCUUUAUCCCUCUCAAAACACACUCAGCACUUUGUACAUGGAUACAGUUUCUAUUCUCCUCUGCAGGGAGUCCUCCACACAGUCAGCGGCUACAUGCUCUACACUGCCACCACCUUCAAACUGGUGUUUGACCACCAGCCUGACGACAUCUACUGGUGCACCGCAGACAUCGGCUGGAUCACCGGACACUCGUACAUCACAUACGGCCCUCUGGCCAACGGGGCCACCAGUGUCCUCGUGAGUACAUGAGUGUCUUUAUAUGUACAAAACACACAUCUGUAGGUUUGUCUCCAUGCUUAAACAACACCAGUAUAUAUACUGUGAACCUCAAGUGUGGACUGUUGUCUCAUCAACACUUUACUCCAGUUUCACUUUCACUAGUAUUUAAGAAAGUUUUAACUUAAAAUGACCCGUCUAAGUGUGUGUGUGUGUGUGUGUGUGUGUGUGUGUGUGUGUGUGUGUGUGUGUGUGUGUGUGUGUGUGUGUGUGUGUGUGUGUGUGUGUGUGUGUGUGUGUUUCAGUUUGAGGGCCUGCCUACUUACCCUGAUGUGAGCCGCAUGUGGGAGAUCGUGGAUAAAUACCAUGUGACCAAGUUUUACACCGCUCCCACCGCCAUCAGAAUGCUGAUGAAGUUCGGCAGCGAGCCCGUUCAGAAGUGAGUCAUCCGUGAUUAUUCUACACUUUUUCAUUUUUAGGAGUUUAAAUCGAAGAAUAAAGUUUUAUUUUUUGAAGAUAAGCAGAACAGGUGUGUGAGUUUUUGUGUGCAUGCAGGUGAGCAGAUAUCUGAAGUGUCUCGUCGCUCUCUCUGCAGGUAUAAGCGGGAGUCUCUGAAGGUCUUGGGGACUGUGGGAGAGCCCAUCAACCCUGAGGCCUGGCAGUGGUACUACAACGUGGUGGGAGAGAAGAGAUGUCCGAUAGUGGACACCUUUUGGCAGACAGAAACGGUGAGUUCACAUGAUCUUAAUUAUACACAGGGUUCUUUACGUGCUUUUAGUGCUGCAGGUACCAGGCCUUUAUAUGAGGCAGGUUUGUAAUAGGGGCAGGUCUUAAUAUCAAAGUGUCUCCGUGAUGAUGAUGAUAACAAUAAUGAUGAAGUGGUAAUAACAAAAAAAAAAUAAUAAUAAUAAUAUAAUAAUAAUAAUAGUAAUAAUAAUAACAAUAAAUAUUUAAUAAUAAUAAUAAAAAUAAUAAUAAUGAUGUUGAUAAUAAUUAUGAUAUAAUAACAAUAAUGAAAAAAAUUAAAUAGUAUAAUAAAAAUGAUAAUAAUAAUAAUAAUAAUAAUAAUAAUAAUAAUAAUAAUAAUAAUAAUAAUAAUAAUAUAAUGAUAAUGAUAAGGAUGAUGAUGAUGAUAAUAAUUAUUAUUAUUAUUGUUAAUGUGAUUAUUAUUAUUAUUGUCCCAAUAAUAAUAAUUAUAAUAAUAACAAUAAUAAUAUCCAUUAUAUUAAUAAUAAUGAUGAUGAUGACAAUGAUGAUGAUAAACUGAAUUUGUAUAGCACGUUUCUUAAACAGUUGAAUUUGUCUCCUAUCUGCGGGUUCAUGAGAAGCAGUGAUUACAGACUUUGUACUGUGCUGCCCCCUGCUGGACAGUCCAUCUAUUUGCACUUUUUAAAAAACAUUCUUGUGUUUCAGGGUGGACACGUGAUGACUCCUUUACCUGCUGCCACACCUAUGAAACCAGGAUCUGCUGUGAGUACAGAGAACACACCUGGUCUUUAUUUGGUCUGGUCUUACCUCUUCUUCCUGUCCAAACUAAGUCCUCGACGAGCCGGUCUCUGUGUUUCAGGAUUAGUUUUAUGAAUAGAUGUCACUGUUGUUUCUUUGAUCAAACAAAGGUAAAAGAAGAGGACACCUGUGCAAACGUCACACAGUCCUUUAACAUGACAGGGAUUCAAAGAUGUUCGUGUGUUUCUGUGACUCUUACAUGUGGAGUGUCAACAUGAUAAAAAAGAAACUCGACCUGUGACCUCUGAGAAAAGGUCAUUUUUAUGUCGAGUAAAUGACCUGUUUUUUUUGUUCCCCUGUCACGCAGACGUUCCCGUUCUUUGGAGUGGUACCAGCGAUCCUGAACGAGUCAGGGGAGGAGCUGGAGGGGCCGGGUGAAGGAUACCUGGUUAGUCUUCUCCCUCUACUCCUCCUCUCUUUCUUUCUCUUCUUUUUAAUCUUUUUUUGGUCUUUUUUCCUUGUUAACCUCCUCUAAUUUAGAUUCCUUUUUCCUUUUCCUUCUGCCUCUUCGUUCUUUACUCCUCGUUGUCCUUUCUUCUUCUCUUUUCUUUGGUAUCUCUUUGUUUUCUUCCCCGACAUUUUUAAUCUUCUUUCUUUUUGUCUUUCCCUCCUUUUCCGUUCUCUUCUUCGUUAUCGUUCCUCUCCUCCGGCUUCUUCUUCUCCUCUCAAAUAGAUCAUGUAACCUUCAUGUUUAACCUCCUUGUUUGUGCCGAUCUCUCUCCAGGUGUUCAAGCAGCCGUGGCCCGGUGUGAUGAGGACGGUGUUCGGAAACCAUCAGAGGUUUGAAACCGUCUACUUCAAGAAGUUCCCCGGAUACUACGUCACAGGAGACGGUGAGAAACGACACGCAGUUUCACUUCAGUGUUUUCUCCCUCUGUAGACUGUUUCUGGUACUGCAGCUCCCUCUCUCUCUCUUAUAUUGCUCAGUAUCAUCUUAAACUAUCUUCAUCCACAUAAUCAUAUUUUAAAUGUUUUAACGUCAGGCAUUAAAAGAGUGAAAGACAGGAAGAAAUAGAGGUCACCAAUAAUGUGUGUUUGAUGCUGAAACUAAUUUUUCGUCCUAUUUUUUAACCGACAGGUUGCCGUAGAGAUAAGGACGGCUACUAUUGGAUAACAGGGAGGAUAGACGACAUGCUGAAUGUCUCCGGUAAGACUGAGGGCGAAGGGUUGAAAACAUGAACAGUGUGUGUUAUCGAGAGAGAGAGAGAGAGAGAGAGAGAGAGAGAGAGAGUCCCUCCUUUUGUGUUAUUGAUAAAGUAAAUCAGAUCUUUGAGCUUCCUCCUCCUCCUCCUCCUCCUCCUCCUCCUCCUCUUCUUCUUCUUUCCCUCUCUGUUGAACCUCCAGGUCACUUGUUGAGCACAGCUGAGGUGGAGUCGGCUCUGGUGGAGCACGAGGCCGUUGCUGAAGCCGCCGUGGUCGGCAGACCUCAUCCUGUAAAAGGCGAGAGCCUGUACUGCUUCGUGACCCUCACAGACGGGGUGACGUACAACCGCACGCUGGAGGCGGAGCUAAAAAAACAGGGUCAGUGAAAUUAAGUUCUUAUGUGGGGUAAGAAAGAUCCAAAUAAAGGACUUUAGUGACUCAUGAGGCUGUUUCUGUUGUUAAUCUGUCGUCAGUGCGGGAGAAGAUCGGUGCCAUUGCAACACCAGACUACAUCCAGGACGCUCCAGGACUCCCCAAGACCAGAUCAGGUCAGGUUUGAUGAAGUCUUUAUCGGCGGGUGCAUCUAUGAAAAAAAAACAACACCACCUAACCCUAAAAAAGUUCUGACAAAGGUUUCUCAGCUGUUUUUAAUAGUUUUAAGUGUUCCUUAAUAUGAAACUGAAAGUUUAGUUUUCUUCUGUGUCAGCUGUUUUCUUUUCUUACCUGACAUGUUUCGGCGGACUCUUCCGCCUUCAUCAGUGUCACAUGAUGGUUGUGUGACACGUACUUUUGACAGCUGAUGAUCUGUGGUUUAAAGUUUAACCACUAGAAAGGUGUCAUUUUCACGAUCGUGUCCAUGAUGGGUAGGAGACACCUCGGGUAUAUAGGGUAAAAUUUUAUUAAGACAAAUAUUUUUUAUAUUACAAGUUUAGUCCAAUUUAUUUUUGAAUAUGUAAAUGAGGUAAUAUCUAAUUAAAUAUGCACUAAUUUACAGACAUUCACAGAACAAUGGAUAAAGCUCCUUUCAAACUUUGGGAAACUUGCGGAGGUGUACAGCCUUAUUUUUGUCUUCUUGAAAAGCUUAAAUGCAGCGUUAACUUAGUUAUAAUUGAUCAGCUCAUUAUUAUGGAAUAAUAGGGAUAAAUAAGGUGUAAAAAAUGUAGAGAAACAUGUAGAAGAAAAGUUACACCAUGUAGACAACCAAAAACUAAGGAGCAUAUUUCAGUCGACUAAAUACAUCAGUUAAAGUUGAUAUUUGGUUAUUUACUACAACAACAAAGAAUUAGUACUUAAAUGAAUAUUCAAGUAAGGGAAUCAUUGAAUUUGCUUAUUUCACAUCUUCACAAAAUGAAAUUAAAUCAAUCGACUGAUCAGUUCGUUUUAGACAUCGAUCAUUAAUCAAGUCUUCUGCUCUCUGCAGGUAAGAUCAUGCGACGCCUGCUCCGUAAAAUCGCCUGCAACGAGCGAGACCUGGGAGACGUUUCCACGCUGGCUGACUCCACGGUGAUCGAGCAGCUCUUCCAGAACAGAUGCGGCGCCGCCGUGUGA